AUGAUAGAUGAUCGUGUGGCCGCACAACAACAGCAGACAACACGCACAGAUGCACCACUUGAUCAGGCGGAUCCGCUGACAGCCGGUCGCGUUGAUCCGGAUCCGCCAGGUCCGGCCGAGUCGGCUGAUCCGCCAGCUCCGCUUCAGACAGAGCCAGUCGCGCCAGCGAGCCUUCUGUACCGCCAGUCCGACGAGCACCGUCUUCUCCACGACCACCACGAGGCUGGGCGUCUGUGGACACAUGCGCUGGCUGUAUCAAAGCGACGCCAGUUCAUCUGCCGGCCGCAAAAUCACACCCUCCACAGACCCUGCGUCUGCGGUCAGCCCCUCUUGAGCACGCAUCUUCACAUGACACAAACCCAAAUCACCAAUGGAUUGGCUCUUCAUCGCGCCUCUCCAGACUGCUUGGAGCUGGUCUAUUUCUUCGUCUGUCUAUCCGUCCAUCUAUCUCUGUGUGCUCGCAGGCCAACAGUCCAGCAUCAUACACUCGAUCUAACACAACUGCUCAUAUGCCAGUUCAGAGAAGACCCUCCGGACGGAUAA